UGUGCCAGAGCACAUUCUGAACAACACCAUGGGGAUUUCAGAGUUCGCACAGGUGGUUGGAUGUUACACUCUGGAAAUGGAAUGAAGGAAAUAUCUGCUGGAUUUAGGUGUUCCCCAUGUGCUCACAUGCUGUCCUUCCUGUUCCUGCACUCUUAUAGUGCAGUCUGGUCUGCCCGUACACGUCUUACACGUGGGGUGUAACAACCUGAGUUACCGUUUAAAUGAAGCGCAGCUCAUAGGACAGUCCGGAGUGAUGUCAUACUGACAUUUUUCAGGCUGUGAAUGUGACGUGUAAGAAGCAGGGAAGGAAAGCAAGCUGUGGUGACUUUCUCUGGGCACGUUGGAAGUGGAAGCCACAAUGACGUCUACUAAAGAAACUCUUUGGCGCACUCUUGAGCGUCUGACAGCUGAACAGUUCAAGAACUUUAAGUGGUUCCUGAAGGAGGGGGAUAUGGAAAACGGUUUUCCAGCCAUCCCAGAGGCCCGACUGGAAGGAGCGGACAGGUUGGAUACGAUCGAUCUGAUGGUGCAAAAAUACCGCUGUCCAGGAGCUGUGCAAGAAACCAUGAAUAUCUUAAGGAAGAUAAACAGAAAUGAUCUGGUUCAGGAUUUGUCAAACCAGUCAAAUGAAGACCACAAGAUCUCUGCAGCGCUCCCACGUGAUGAUGAGACAAGGAGGGCCAAACUGAGGGAGAUGAAAGCCCAAAUUGAUCUGAGGAUCAAGGAGAAGCAGAUGAAGAUCUGUGAAGUCAGACGCACAGCAGAGCUCAGCAGGAAGUCUGCAGAGCGACAGACCUCAGACAGCAGGAGGGCGUUUGAAGCGCUGGUGGCCUCUGUCCAGAGCAGUCUGGAUAAAAUCAUCGGAGAGAUUGAUGAAAAGCAGAAAAUGACACAGAAACAGGCUGAAGGAUUAAUCCAGCAGCUAGAGCAGGAAAUCUCUGAGCUGACCAAGAGGAGCGCAGAGGUGGAGCAGCUUACCAAAGACCAACGUGACUUCCUGCCAAGCUUCUCGUUCACAAAUGAGAUGCUGACAGAAGCCAGGUUCCCCCAGCCAUCUUACAAAGAAACUGUGACUCAGCUGAAGGAAAAACUCAGCAAAGACAUGGAGAUGUUUCUCGCUGUGACUGAGCUGAACAGGCUCCGGCAGUUUGCAGUGGAUGUGACACUGGAUCCAGACACAGCACAUCCCAACCUCAUCCUGUCUGAGGACGGGAAGCAAGUUCGCUGUGGUGACAUAACACAAACUCUCCUAAACAACCCAGAAAGAUUUGACCGUGCUAUUAAUGUUGUGGGAAAUCAGAGCUUCUCUUCAGAAAGCUUUUACUAUGAAGUUCAGGUUAAGGAGAAAACCUCCUGGGAUUUAGGUGUCGUUAAAGAGUCAAUAAAUAGGAAGGGAUCAAUGUUUGUGAGCCCCAAGAACGGCUUCUGGAUAAUAUGUUUAAGGGCAGGAGAGUACAAAGCCUCACGUGUCCAUCUCAGUGUGGACUCUCAGCCAAAGAAAGUGGGAGUGUUUGUGGAUUAUGAGAAUCAUUCGGUCUCUUUUUAUAAUGCUGAAUCCGCACAACUCAUUCAUUGCUACACUGACUGCUCCUUCAAAGAGAAACUCCGCCCUUUCUUCAGCCCCGGGACUCUUCAUGGUGGCCAAAACUCCACUCCGCUCAUCAUCUGUCCUGUCUACGGCAACUGUCAGAUCUGAUCAAUCAUCCUUACAACUGCGUGUGACUCGUCAUAGAGUCGUCAGCUUCUCCACCUUUAUUUAUUUAUCACCCCUAAGUGGACAUCUGAAAACAAAAGGUCUAGAUGACUGUGACAGACUUAUCACACCAAACCCUCAGCCAACAUUUGAGUGGUUCACUGUUAACCCGAUGGGAGUGUAUUUUAUCAUCAGUUUUACAGCCUUCAAACUUAGAUUUGUGUGUUGUUAGUUGUGAUCUUGUGGAAGGUGUCACAGAAGGGCCACAGUUUUACGCUCAGUACGGUGUUCCCUGACAGAUUUAUUCUUGGCAUUCAGUUACAUGGUUGAACAGGUAACUUUGGCCUGAGCUUAUUUAAGACUAUGCCGGUGAGCACUGCACAUGAGGUUCGGUGUCAUAUUUUACUCUAAAAGUUCAGGGUUUGGUCUAAACUCUAGAGAAGAAAAACCUUCCCGCACAAUCAGAGAGAGACUGGUUUUCAGCCUUCAGGGUCUUAUUUAACACACAGACAGUCAUUUUUCAAACAUCUCCUCCCUCCAGCAGAUCAUGUUUUACUUGCAUGUCGAGUGGGGGGAUCCAAACUGCGACGGCAACCAUUCUAACUUUGCAUGCAGCUAGCAGGAGAAAAACUCAUUUAAAUGCAGGUGUGGUUUUUCUACAUUUAGACUCUGUGGUCUCACAAAGGCGUGUCUUUCACCAUCCGCGAUCUCAUACUUUCUAAUGCCCUCUUUUUGCAAAAUGGAGCAGACAUGGUUUCAAUUUUCCCACUGAUAGUAUCAAAGAAUAUAGAAACCUUUAAAAUGGCACUACACUAGUUUAAAUACAUUAUUACAGGAAAUAUCAUGACUGUCCAGUUCAUCCAUAACAUUUUUCUUCAGUGUCACCUUCUUGUUCCUCAUGCUUAUUCUGAUGGUGUUUCAUAGAGACAUUUUUCCUAGUCCACUGUGCAAUGCCACCACUCACUUAGUGGUUACUUUCAUUUUUCUUUCUGUGUUUGAGCAGGGAUGUCAGACUCCUUUUGUCAUAAGCCACUUUGAUGUUAAGUGAAUCAGACCAGUGAAACUGACCUUUCUGUCAGUGUAACUACACAGUUACACCAACACAUCUUAAUAUAAGGCAAAGAAGUGCCGUUUUAACUGUACACCUCAGUUUUUCUGCAUGAUAAAGAAAUAUUGCUGUUGGGUCAUUCCAUCUUCUGCUCGACAGGAGCAACAGAAAAAAGUCCUAAAAUCUGAAUGACCGUGGUCUAAAAAAAGACACACAUAUUUAACAAAAUCAUUCUGAAAUCACAUGAAAGUGGGUUGAUGGAUGACAAAAAGGUUUCUGAAGUUUCUCUGUGGUCAUUAUAUACGGUAAAACUUUGGAUGAUAAUAUUUUUUUGUUCAAAUCAGAGAUGGUCAAACAUAAAAUUUUAACAAGUUUGCUGAUUUAAGAUGGAAUAAAUACAUUUGUAAAUUUACAGAAGAUCUGGCAGCUCAUUGUCCAGACUCUCCUGUAAUUUCAAAAGUGAAGAUUUUGU